AGAUAACUUCACCAGCCCCUGAGCCCCAGCACAAGUCUGCUGAGGCCAAUCGUGGGUGAUCGUCCUCGGUCCUCUCUCUGGCCAAGGUGUGGCCCAGACGCCUCUCCCCCCCAGCCCCCUACGGAGGCGCCUCUGAGGGAAGCAGAAGCCAGAACACAGCCCACCCACUACCGAGAGGAACCGGGUGGACUUUUCCAGCCGCCACCCUGGAGAUCCUAGCACCUGGCGCUCUACAGCCAUCUCCGGAAGAGAAUCAGAGAGCUAUGCCGCUGGUACCAGCAUCCGCCACCUCAAGUACUGUGGUGGCUGGAGACCAAGAUGCCAGCACAUCACAGGUCCCAAGCCAGAGCGAGAGUAAAACUGGGCCCAGCCUCAGUACCCAGAGCCUGCGGAAGCCCUCCAUGUCCAAGGUGAUUCUGAGGACUGUGGCUGACAAGGGGGUACACAGCCGUGUAUCCCUUGCUGCCUUGAAGAAAGCUGUGUCUGUCACAGGGUACAAUAUGGCCCAUAACACCUGGCGCUUCAAGCGUGUGGUCCAGAAUCUAGUCAAGAAAGGCAUGCUUAGGCAGGUGACCGGCAAGGGUGCCUCUGGCUCUUUCCGCCUGGGCAAGAAGCAAACCUUCAAGUCCAACGAUAGGACCAAGAGACGCCAGCGGAGGCAGAAGUCUGGACCACGCCAAUCACUAAGCUCCAAAAAGAGCAAUAACCGGCUUUUCAAAGGAGUUCGGAGGGUGGCUAAAGGCCGCCGCCAGUAAUAAGGCAGGCUCAGGCGGGGUGCCAGGCUUGCCAUGAAAUGGGAAUAAAACCCAACUUAGUUCACAA